AUGGUCAUCACAGCGAGUUUUGGUACAGUUGUUACCCCCAUUUGUAUAUAUAUAUAUAAAAAUAAAAAUAAAAGGAGGAGAAAAGGUUCCCUGAAAAAGAAAGUUACGAAACAACCUUAUCCAUCAGAGGCAGAUGGGGAGGGUUACACUUGCUCCUCGUCAAUUUUGAAGUUUCCUCAUUUUCUUUUCUCUUAUUCGCAAAACCAUCUUCUUUUCUUUUUGAUGGCUGCAACAGGUGUUGUUUCCUCUCCUUCACUUUGUAACAAAAUCUCCGACCUCUCAAUUACCCACUCAGCCACUUCUAUUCCCACCCGCUUCUCCAUUCCUUCUAAACCCGCAAAACCCCUGAAGAUCAAGACCCAAUUCCCCAACUUCCUUCCUCCUUCCUUUCUCUCUUCUCUCCCCCAUUUCAGACGGGCUUCAGCUGCAUUCGAUGGCUUUGAACUGAAAGAAGAAAACCCAAUCGCAGAGGAUCAAGACCCAGAAGCAGCUGAAGAAGUUCAAGAGCAACAACAAGAUGAAGAAGAAGAAGAAAAGCCGAAGGUAUCAGGGUCUGGUGGUGAAGCUGGGAGGCUCUAUGUGGGGAAUUUGCCGUAUUCCAUGACUUCUUCCCAAUUGGCAGAAAUUUUUGGCGAGGCCGGUAGUGUGGUGAAUGUGGAGAUUAUAUAUGAUAGAGUUACGGACAGGAGCAGAGGAUUUGCGUUUGUUACGAUGGCGAGCGUCGAGGAAGCCCAACAUGCAAUUCGGAUGUUUGAUGGCUCUCAAGUGGGAGGAAGAACUGUUAAGGUAAACUUUCCAGAAGUUCCAAGAGGAGGUGAAAGGGAAGUAUUUGGACCAAGGAUAAGGAAUAGCAACAGUAGUUUCGUAGACAGCCCUCACAAGAUCUACGCUGGAAAUCUUGGUUGGGGCCUCACUUCUGAGGGUCUUAAAAAUGCUUUUGAAGACCUGCCAGGUUUUUUGAGUGCCAAGGUUAUCUACGAGAGGAAUUCUCGAAGAUCGCGAGGCUUCGGAUUCGUGUCUUUUGAAACUGCUGAGGCUGCACAGUCUGCUCUAGAUACGAUGAAUGGAGUGGAUGUAGAAGGGCGGCCGUUGCGAUUAAAUUUAGCCUCUGAUAGAGCUCGUGUUGCUUCUCCUUCGGUAGAAGAAACAGUAACAGAAGAAGAGAACAGCAGUGAAGUGCUUUCUAGCAUUAGCACAUGAGGGAAAUAUGUCAUAGGGGGUGGAUGUUUAAACAUGCUUCUUCAAUAGAAUCCCUAGGGAGUUUUCCGAGGAUAUAUUGCAACCUUUGCCACUGCCGUAGUGUAUUCAUUAUAUAUGCAAAUUAAGAGGGUAAUUAACGCAAAUGCUCAUUGUAGAUGUAUUUUCUUGUGAAAUUUUAACCAUAAGUUUUUUCAUUUGUGAUUUUAACACAAAAUGGCACCUCCACUUAGUUCAAAGGGGACUAAAAAUAUGGAUGUUUUGCGUUUGUCAUGUUA